GAGGUGUCAAGUGGACCUUCCACUGCUCACCAUAUGGUCACAUGUUAUUUUACGACUUAGGAACUUUCAUCAUUUUCUGGAACAUGCUUUGUAGGCCUGUUUUUGAACAUCUUGUAUUGUUGAUUAUGAUAUUGAUUCUGGUCGUAUGUAUUUUGCGGCUACGAUUAACAGACACAGUUGUCCCAAUUCCUUUCCACGCCAUAAUUUCACCAGUGAAGAUCCGGGUUAGACUUGCCAAUGUUGGUUUGCAUGCUUAUCUCAAGAGGCAGCAAACGGGAUCAAGCAAAUAAACGUACACAGAUAAAAUAUGGAAUCUGCCACGCCUACAUUGAAAUCUGAAACUGGCGAGAAGUCACAGUCCAAGGAAGUUAGUUUAGAGACAGAUGGUGCAAGUGAUCCCCCAAAAGAUGACCCUUCUGAUGUGAGGUCAAAUGCACAAGACAUUGAUGCAAACAACAGUGCACAUAUACCUGUACAGCAGGGAGGCCCAACAGUACCUACCCCGACAGACGUAGAGAAAACCGGGGCAGGGCAGACAGCAGCAGGGGACGGUAACACUUUGUUACAGCCAGAUGAUGGAGAACUGGGAGAGAUGUUAUCAGAUGAAGAGGAGGAUGAAGUGAGUGAGGAUGAGAGUGGGGAGGAGACAGACAUCGAGGACAAUGAUGAGAUGUCAUACCCCAUGAGAGGGCGAGACUCCAACCCCGACCUCCCCGACACUGUGACAACGCUGGAGACGCUAGAUGGCAGCAAGGUGUAUGUCGUGGGAACAGCUCACUUCAGUCUGGAGAGUCAGGAGGAUGUCUCAAAGGUGAUCCGGUCGACGCAGCCAGACUUUGUGAUGGUGGAGCUGUGUAAGAGUCGGAUCAACAUCCUGGAACUGGAUGAAGCCACGCUACUGGAGGAGGCCAAGAACAUCAACAUGGAGAAGAUCAGGAUGGCAAUCAAACAGAGCGGUAUGAUCCAGGGUGUUAUGCACUUAUUGCUGCUCAGCAUGUCCGCCCAUCUUACCAAGGAACUCGGUAUGGCACCGGGGGGAGAGUUCCGCAGAGCAUUCCAGGAGUCACGGCGAGUGCCUGGGUGUCGCCUUCAGUUAGGAGAUCGUCCAAUACAGAUCACGCUGAAGAGAGCCUUGGCAGCCCUGUCCCUGUGGCAGAAGGUCAGGCUCGCCUGGUACCUCAUCACAUCCAAGGAUCCUAUCAGUAAGGAAGAUGUAGAGAAGUGCAAGCAACGCGACCUGCUGGAACAGAUGUUGAGGGAGAUGACAGGAGAGUUCCCUGCCCUUAGCCGAGUCUUUGUGGAAGAACGCGAUCUGUACCUUGCACACUCACUCAAGAUGGCCGCCCGACCCAUUCAGUGUCAACAAGUACCUGAAGGGUAUAUUCCGACUGUGGUGGUCGGUGUUGUCGGGAUCGGUCACGUGCCUGGCAUCGUGGCCAACUGGAGCAAGGAGCACAACAUUCAGGAGAUACUCAUAGUGCCUGAAGGGUCAGUGUUGGGCCGAGUUCUACGAUGGAGUGUACGAGCUAGUGUGCUAGGUUUAUUAACGUAUGGAUGUUAUAGGCUGUAUAGAUGGACCUCUCAUAUCGUCUUCUAAAGAGUUGCUACAUCACUGAUUCCAUCGUCCUUCAUCCUCCAGCCAACAUUGUACUCUGUGGCACUGAAGUCAGCGGCUCAACUGAAAUUAACUUUCAACAGAAUCAGGCUAAGUCUUUCCAAGAAUUCGCCAAUAGCGUCUUCAUUGGAUAACCUUCAACAGACUCGUCCACCAGUGUUUUCACGUCAAAACAUUAUCAGAAUCAGCCAACAAUUCUUUGUUACAGAACCUGCAACUGAAUUAUCCAACAGAGUUUAAAUGGCAAAAUCAUUAUCAGAAUCGUCCCACAAUAUCUCCAUGGCAAAUUACAAUUGCCAAAAAUGUAUCUGUAUGUUUGUCUUACAGAAAUGUGUUCAUUCCAUGAUCAGUUGUCCUGAUGCCAUAGUUAAUAGCCAAGGUUGUAUUGCUUCAUUUGAGGCCUAAUUGCGAUAUCGAUAUCAUUGCAACAUACCGGUAAUGUACCAUAAUGUUGUCAUGGUAACGGCAUCAUUUGUUGACUGGUAAUUUUCAUCUAGGAAUUGGUACAAUCAUCUGCAGGUUCAAGAUCAGCCAUGUUUGUAUACAAAGCUUGUCUUUUACGACAGCACAAGAUAAUAUCGUGAUGGUAUGUGAAUGUUUGCAGCCAAAGUUCAUGGCUACACAGCAAAUUGUACAUUGUGUUAAGUUGAAACAUUUAUUACAUUUUGAAGGAUAUUUCAAGUUUGUUAGAUUUUAUUCAGUUGUACAAAUCAUUGACACUUGUAAUCAUCAGCUAUUGGGGAAGGAUAAAGUUAUUUGUAUGAUAAACAGUUGCACAUAUAUUUGUUUAAAUAAUCGUGUAUUCCUUUUGAUUUGACAUCUGUGUUAUUUUACUUCAUUUUAAGUAUUGUCAGAGUGUAAAUAUUUAUACACUAUUACACAUUUAUUUAUUCAGGUGAUACAGUACGAACAUGUGGCAACAGAUGUGGUACUAUACUGCUCUAUUGAUGGUUCGUGUAGAUCUGGGUUUCUCAUGUGACAUUGCCAGGCUAAUUUGGAAAUAUCCCUGCUCUUUCAAAAUUGAGAUUUCUUACUUUUUACACUCUGAGGUAUAUGACAUUAUAUUUUCAGAUUUCAUUUUAUUCAAUGAUAUAAAAUUAGCAUUUAAGCUUUUGUUCAGUGAUGCGAAAUAAGGAUUUAACGUUCUUAUUUAUCGGUGCUGAUUUCAGUGAAAGGCAGUCACCUCUAACAAACCAUAAAAUUACAGAAAUCCUGAAUUCUAAUUUUGUAUGAAUUUUAGGACAUUUUCUGUUGACUUGGGACUGAAUAUUGGGCUCAGACCUGGUUUCAAUAAAUUCCUGUGUACUGGGAUUUCCUGUAUUUAAACCAGAUUAAGCUCAUAGGGCCUAAAAGCAGGUUUUUCCCCAGUUUUACAUGGACCUAAAUUAAGGCUUUUCAUUACUUUUGUCGGGAGUGAUGUCCCUUGGUAAAGCACAUGGUGAACGCCACUAUUUACAACAUUCAUAGUUAACUCCCCUGGACUCCAGAGACAGGGCAGAUACUGAAGACAGCAAUAGGCCAUGUAAAUGUACAAGAUGCAAAAAGUUUCUAUCAAGUAGGAAAAUAUCGUAUUCGGACAUAUUCCAUGAGAGCAGAGAAUCUGUCAUAUUAUGUGCAAUUCUCAAAUUUAAGCUCAAUUAUGGUUUUAAAAUGUCAUUAACAUGGGGGUCAUUUUUCAUUAUUUAGCACAAGGCUUAAAUAUAGUAAUUCUCGGUACAUCAACACACAGCCUGUAUCAUCUGCCCGAAACGUGUGGAUUCUGCAUUGUCAAGGUGGAAAUAUUAGCUGUCAAAUUUCAUUAUAUAGUUCAAAUUGGCAAUAACUGGUCACACUAUUUCAAAACAAUGUCUGUUUUUCAGAAGCAAAGUACGGUAUCUGGACAGGAUAUAGGUAGCAGACGUCAUUUUGCUUCUGCAGUGUCUAUCAUCAUAGAGUAGAUAAUCAGGGAUCGACAUGGCCACUAGUCUGUUACUCCAAGACUUGUGAAAAUCUAGAAAGACUUGUUGUCUUCUCCCAAGACUAAUGUCCUUCGCCAUUGGUAAGAAAUUAGCUGGUGGCCAGUUUGAUAUGAUCUGAAGUGUCGACACCUUUUCAUUGUAGAAAUUAUGCAGUAUAGCAUUGUGAUAUAUCAGUCCAUUGUCAGUUUUUUUUCUACUUUGAUUGAUGAAAACUCAGUAUUCCAAAACCGAAUGUUAACCAUCAUGCCAGCAGACAGUGCACCAGGUCCAGCUAUGCAGUGUCACGACAUGUUCUUAGAUGACAAUAAAUACCCCAUGAAAUAAUUGUUUAUCCAACAUUUGAAAGUUGAAAUACCUCAUUUAUGUUGUCAAACUUUUGGACUAGAUUCAUUUGAUGAUACAAUGCUAACUCAGUUUGUGUCCUCUCAUGAGGUAGGUCAAAGUAAAUUUUUCUUUUGGCACCUUGACUGCGCGAAUAUCUGAGAACAAGGAUGAAAAUGGGUUGACAUACCUGAUGAAAAAUGCAGUAAACUGGCUGAUCAAAAUUUUUGAGGGAGGGAUGUUUUAGUUGAUUGGUUUAUGAUUGUGUGUGUGUUUGUUGUCCCAUAAAUAACAGAAGUCGAAGUUUGUCAUGACUUCCCUUUUGUGGAGACAUUAAUUGAUUUAGGACUGAAAACAAAUAUUGUGUCCCAAAUUUUGGUCUUUUUUAACAGACCUUUCUAUUCAAUACAGUUGGUAAGUUAUCAGAGAAAUAUGCAUCAGUGUUGCAAAAUUUGGUUCUUAGUAAUUAUUUGACAGUAGUUAGGAAUCGUUCCUGAUAUUUGCAUUUGAGGCCAAGUAUACAGUAGAUUUCCGAAAAUGUCUGUGUGAGGCUGUGUGUGAUUGGUGGAGACAGUUACGCCUGCAACUACUUCUCAUGUAAUAUCAGUCAUGAAUCGGUUCAUUGAUCCAGUCUUCCCGAUUUCCACUUGUCUGAUUCAGUGCAUUUGGGGUUGGCGAGUUAAUGUUGCUAUUUGAUACUUUGUGACUUACUGGAUCUGCUGUGUUCUACAGUUUGUGUUCUCUUGUUGUGUUUGCUUUCAUAGAUACCACAACCAUUUCAGAAGGACUUUUUUAAUAUAGAAUAAUUUUGCUCUUGGUUUACAGAGCUUUGGCCCCAAAAAUUUAAGUUGGUAGGUUAUAAAAAUAAAAAAAUUAAACUGUCUUGACAAUUGCAAAUAUACUUUCUGUAUUUCCUCUGUAUAAUUCAUAGUUUAUUAUAUUUUGAAUUUUUUAAGAUCAAUUUCCAUCAGGUUAUAAUUAUUGUACUUGAUAGUAGCUUAAAAUAUUUUGAAUUUUUUAACAGUUACCUUUUUCUGGUCAAAUUAGUAAAUACCUACAGCUGUCCAGUUUUUGGAGUCAACAGAAUCGUAUUUUGAAAAACAAAUGGCAUCAUUAGAGGUGUGUGUUAUUGUUAUUUAAUGUUUGAAAUGCUGAUGGAGUUUAUUUGUUUUCUAUUUUUGUAUAUCGUGUUUUUUUUGUCCAUGCAAACAAACAGGUUGAUUUUUGUACAGUGCAUUUUAAGGUUGUACACUCUUGUAUCCCAUAUGUUUGAGUGCUGUUUUUGUAGCUUUCAUGUUGACUCCUGUUGAAAAGUUAUGUCACUUCCUCCACAAUAUUUUAUAUGAAAUAUGUUUCCUUAAUUUGCCGGUGAAGAUGUAAUGAACUGUCUGAUGGCCUACAGGUCUGAACACUACUGUCUGAUGACCAGUUGGUCUGAAUUUUACUGUCUGAUGGUCUAUAGGUCUGAACGCUACUGUCUGAUUACCUACAGGUCUGAACACUACUGUCUAAUAACCAGUUGGUCUGAACUCUACUGUCUGAUGGUCCGUAGGUCUGAAUGCUACUGUCUCAUGACCUACAGGUCUGAACACUAAUGACUGGUGUCCAGUUGGUCUAUCAUCCCAUUGCCAUUUGGCCCAAACUGAACUGACUCAUGGACAACUGGACUGAGCAUAACAAUCUGAAUGCCAUCUGGUCUGAACAGAACAAUCUGAUGGCCAUUUGGUCCAAACUGUCUGAUGGGCAGUUGAUCUGAACAGAACAAUCUUAUUGCCAAUCGGUCUGAACAGAAUAAUCUGAAUGCCAAAUGGUCUGAACAGAGCAAUACGAUGGCCAUUUGGUCCAAAGAAUACUGUGUCAUGCGCAACUGGUUGAGACACUGCCUUAUGGCCAAUUGGUGAUACGGUAAUGCCCGAAGACAAUAUUCCAGCAAUAUCUGUAUGGUACUGCCUGAGGGCCAGUUGGUCUGUCCGCCAGUUGGUCUGUCCGGCCAGUUGGUCUGUCCGGCUAGUUGGCCUGUCUGGCCAGUUGGUCUGUCCGGCCAGUUGGUCUGUCUGGCAAGUUGGUCUGUCCGCUAGUUCGUCUGUCCGGCUAGUUGGUCUGUCCGCUAGUUGGUCUGUCCGCUAGUUGGUCUGUCCGCUAGUUGGUCAGUCCGGCCAGUUGGUCUGUCCGCUAGUUGGUCUGUCCGCUAGUUGGUCUGUCCGGCCAGUUGGUCUGUCCGGCCAGUUGGUCUGUCUGGCCAGUUGGUCUGUCCGGCUAGUUGGCCUGUCUGGCCAGUUGGUCUGUCCGCCAGUUGGUCUGUCUGGCAGUUGGUCUGUCCGGCCAGUUGGUCUGUCCGGCUAGUUGGUCUGUCUGGCCAGUUGGUCUGUCUGGCUAGUUGGUCUGUCCGGCCAGUUGGCCUGUCUGGCAAGUUGGUCUGUCCGCUAGUUGGUCUGUCUGGCCAGUUGGUCUGUCCGGCUAGUUGGUCUGUCCGGCCAGUUGGUCUGUCCGGCUAGUUGGAUGGGCUUGUCACUGUACUUCUGCUGAUUCAUAACCAACACUGAUAGAAGGUUCUGACCAUAUGAAAUAUCAAGUCAUUUAAAAAGGUGCUGAUUACAUAGUUUCCAUGGUUCAGAGUUUGAUUGUUUUGUUCAUUACAAUGUCCCUCUGCAUCCCCACUCAACACACUGCCUCCCUGUAUGCUGCUAGAGUGACUGUAAGGGGAAAGGUAUCAUGGUGGCCUCAACAAAUACCUAAUACAACAACUAUCAAGGUUGGAAUGGGGACCUGGGUAAUAAAUUUGAACUGACCCCUGCCCUGACAUGUAUUAGACAUGAUCUUGUCACCAUGAUGCAGGACAUUGUUACAAAAUCAACUAAGCCCACACAGAUAGAAUCAACCAUUCAUGAACUGCUGGCUGCUGUUUCCAAAGGUGUUCAAGCAGCCUGAAAGAACAUCAGCUUGUUGAUAGUUUCCCACAAACCUAUUGUCAACAUCACAGCCAAAUUCAUGUUAUUUAUCUGAGAUGGCUAAGUCUUCCAAUUUCACCUUUCUCAAUCAGCAGUCUGUAAGUUGAUACAAACAGCUCAGUAGGGCAUGCUGGAAGAUAUUCAUUACACUGAUUUCGUACUCUUCAUUGAAACAAGACAAUCAGUGUUUUUAUUACUGCAGCUGUUUAAAGUGAGAUAUAUUUGCUUAAUAUGUCUUCUGUCAGACAGCUAUUAUAUAUAUAUAUAUUUAAAGCUUUCAGAAAUUAUAUUAUUCAUCAACAAUUAUUCCCGAAGAAAUGACAAAAGGGGUACUGAAUGCUAAAGCUGUAAACACAUAAAGGACCAAGGGUUUUUACAUAUAUUUUUCAUGCGUUUGAGUGUUGCAUAUGUUGCAGCAUUUGCCUGUUAUUAAUAGUAUGUCAUAAGCUGCCUUCAGAUAACAGGUUACCUCCAUUUUUUUGACAUGGCUACCAUUCCUGUAUUGCAAUGUUCAAAGGUCAUCAAAAUGCAUUAUGUAGAUUAGUUUGGCUAAAUAGAGUAACUUUCCUUUGUCAUGACAGGAUCUGCUAAUCAUGCGCUUGAUUACUAGGAGCACCCCAAUUAUCAUCCUUGGUUUGUCAGCACCAUGUCCAUUCUCUAGGAUAUUUGUAGGGUAUAUCUAGGAUAUUUCUAGGGUAUAACUAGGAUAUCUCUAGGGUAUGUCUAGGAUAUCUCUAGGGUAUGUCUAGGAUAUCUCUAGGGUAUGUCUAGGAUAUAUCUAGGGUAUAACUAGGAUAUCUCUAGGGUAUGUCCAGGAUAUCUCUAGGGUAUAACUAGCAUAUCUCUAGGGUAUAUCUAGGAUAUCUCUAGGGUAUAUCUAGAAUAUCUCUAGGGUAUAACUAGGGUAUGUCUAGGAUAUCUCUAGGGUAUGUCUAGGAUAUCUCUAGGGUAUAACUAGGGUAUGUCUAGGAUAUAUCUAGGGUAUAACUAGGAUAUCUCUAGGGUAUGUCUAGGAUAUCUCUAGGGUAUAACUAGCAUAUCUCUAGGGUAUAUCUAGGAUAUCUCUAGGGUAUAUCUAGGAUAUCUCUAGGGUAUAACUAGGAUAUAUCUAGGGUAUGUCUAGGAUAUCUCUAGGGUAUAACUAGGGUAUGUCUAGGAUAUCUCUAGGGUAUGUCUAGGAUAUCUCUAGGGUAUAACUAGCAUAUCUCUAGGGUAUAUCUAGGAUAUCUCUAGGGUAUAACUAGGGUAUGUCUAGGAUAUCUCUAGGGUAUGUCUAGGAUAUCUCUAGGGUAUAACUAGCAUAUCUCUAGGGUAUAUCUAGGAUAUCUCUAGGGUAUAACUAGGGUAUAUUUAGGAUAUCUCUAGGGUAUAACUAGGAUAUCUCUAGGGUAUAUUUAGGAUAUCUCUAGGGUAUAUCUAGGGUAUCUCUGGUAUAGGUUAUGUCUAACCUGCAUCACUUUGUACUGUCCUCUGAGCUGUGAUAAAACUGAAAUACUUAUCAAAUCAGCAUUAAACCCAACUCACUGUCAAGUUCAGUGUGUUGUUAUACCAUUUUGACUUGUGUAGGCAAUGGAUACUUUGUAAUACAAUCUGGUCAUUCUUCAGUGGUCACCUUUCAAACACUGCCAUUAAAACAUCAUUAUUUUUGUUAUCAUUUUCACAAAAAUGAAGGAAAUUGAAUUUAUUCAAUAUAUCUGUAUCAAAAUGACUAAUUACAUGUACAAUUUCUGAAUCCUAGAAAAGUGCAACUGUGUCAUACUCCGUUGUCGCUGAUUGACUUACACCUGUAUGAGAGUCAUUGGAUGUUGUCUGUUUCAUUCUACAUCUUCAUCAUCUCCUAGGAGGCUACAACUAUGGAACUAUUUUGUUGUAGGAUUGAUCCCAACUGUUGUGUUUCCUCACAUUUCCUCACAACUGUGUAUUCUGAUCCCGAUCUUAAGCAUUAAUUCUUCAUAUGAAAUAUCAUCUUCAAUUUCUUGUGUCUUUGUAAGUGAAGUGGUUUUAAUAUUAACAGCAUAUGCAGAUAAAUAUUAAAAUUCAUCAGUCAGAAGAGACUAUAAGACAAUGGUACACACAGGUUGAUAUUAUGUUAACAUUUUACCCUAUUUUAUUACAUGUAUGCUGAACAUUCUUCUUUCUGCUAAAACGAUGUGUUCACUUUUUUACAUAGGUGGAUCCUGAAGGUGGGGUGGGGGUGCCCUUUUGUCCUGAAAGUUCAUUAAAUGACCAUUGAAACUCUCAUGAAAACGGGUGAAAAUGAACUGUGCACCCCCCUUUCUCAAAAAGCUGUAUCCGCCUCUGUUCAGUAUUUUGCAGGGAUCCAGCUUAUGAGAGAAUACAUUCUCACACCCAGUGUAGGCAGAUGUGUGAUAGUGAACGAGAGCACUUUCACAAUACCGCAUCCUCUGUUAUCAAGGGGACUAUGUCCCCCAUUCCAAUUAUGACCCAUCAUCUGCCACCAAACUUCACCUAGAGUCCAUUUUGAGGCACUGAAGAAAAUCAUACAAUCAAAUUCCAGGUUUUGUCAGUUAAGUGGCAACUUCACACAAGUACUUUGAAUAUCCUCUCGUGUACUAUUUCAAAUACAUCUGAGAAUGGUAAUAGUAAAAUGGUGUUAUUCCCCAUAUUUUGGUACUCUUCUGCAACUAAUUAAUCAUUUAUAUAGUCUUUUGGUUUGACUAAAUAUUGUAAGAGCUCAAUAUUAAUUGUGUGAUAGAAAUUCUGUGAUAAGAUUUAUGGCGAAUGUGUCAAUGGGGUUUAUAAUAGAGACUGGAAAAUUGAGGAUGACAAUCUCUUCGCAAUAUUUAAUGGUAAAGCUAGUUUGUAUAUAUAUUCGGAGAUCUCGUAAGAACAAGACUUGGUUCCAGAUGGCAGCCCAGCUAUUAUUAACCAAGUCCAUCAAUAGAAGUGUAUUACUUUUGUAUAUGGUGAUUGUUGUGCAGAAUGGUUCUGGAACCGUGCUGUGUUCAUAGACUCAAGUGCCUUAUCUGACGGGCGUAUUUCAGUACCACUGCCACUCUCAUUAUGGUAAGAUCUCAGUGGUCACUACUGCAGCCUUGUGUAGUCAUAGCGUGCGCUAGCUUCUGAUGUAAUUGAGAUUAGUAUCACUACUGACAGAUACAACAUACCAUGUCUGCCAUAAUAGGUGUCCAGGGGAAUUAGAAGUAUAUUUGGGGAGGAUAUUUAAGCCAUGCUAGACACUUCAGUUGUGUGACAAGAUCAAGUGGUUGUGAAUCAGAUUUAACAUGUGUUAUAUUUGGGAUUACACUUUCUCAGUAAAGUACAGAUUCUGGCAUUGUGUUGGGUUGAGUCCCAUCCGGGAUUCGAACCCACACCCUCAGAGUCUUGCACCUUAUCGCCUUUCUAAAUGGCAUUGUGUAUUCGAAUCAGAUUUAAUUAAACUAUACAUGAAAUUAAAACUUUGGAUUUAUUAAAUAGUUACCAGGCAAUUAUAUAACCCAUCGACACUGCUGUUUUCAGGGGGAAUUAGGUGAACUGACAUGUACAUUUUUGGUCUUAUCAAGAUUACUGACACAUUUGUCUCGAAGUUGGGUGGGUGCUUACUGGGGCUGGAUGCUUAAUAUGGCGAAUACGGUAGAUAUAGUCUUGAUCGCAAUUAUUAUUCAGGGAUUUAGUACAGAUGUCCAUAGGUUCAGUGUUAGACAAUGUUCCUGCAUGAUACAUGUAAUUUUUUAAUACUGCAAUUCACAAACACUUUGAGAGAGAAAGAAUAUGAUGCAAAUUUUUUGGGGGGGCCAUGUAGAAUUAAUUUUCUUGUUUUACUGACGAAUAUUAACUAAAUCUUCCAGAAUUAAGACACAAGUUUUGAAACUUUUAUGUUGGGAUUAUUUUUACCUACCACUUGACACAGACAUAAACAUUUUGUGAAAGAAGAAAUAAAAUUUAUGCAGCCAGAAUGUAUCUAUGCAUGUUUUGAGGCUGAUAAUUGGAGAAGAAGAAAAUAGAACUGUUCCAUCUACGAUAUAUUUGUCAGUCCAUGAAAUGGAAGUUUCUGAUGUUCCAUGGAUAUUUUUGACAACCUGUCUGCAAUCAGUAACUGUUUAAUUCUACAUAUUCAGAAGAAACUAUAAUCCUACUUUUCGACAAACUGCAGAGAUCCUUCAUGCCUCAACCCAAAGUUGGUUGUGUUGUGUUUUGUGAAGUGAAAGAUUUUCUGAGAAGGCAUAAGGAUUUCUACUUGAGACAUGAAUGAGGUAAAUUUCAGGUGUGUCCUUGUGUUGGGUUUGUUUUUGUUGUUUUUGUAAAUUUAGGGGAUGGUAAUUUAUUACAGGGAAGGAUGGGUUAGGUGUUUUUCAUGUUCUGAUGUACUGAAAGGAGUUAGGCUCCAAGAGUCCUUGUACUAUUUGUUUCUUGAUCCUCCUCAAAUAUGUGUAUUACAUUUUAGAACCUGCCCAUGAGACUCAGAUUUUUUUCUUCUUUAAUAUAUUGUCAGUCCCUAAGUUUUCCAUUUCUUGUUUUUAUCAUAACCGGUAAUUAAGAUGUGCGAGUAGUAAAAGUCUGUGUGUGGUAUUUAUUAUGAUUUGAAUUUAAUAAAUAUAUUACAUGAGUGUGUGCAUGUGUGUUUGCUCUUUGAAAUAUUGAACAUUGGAGAAAAUGUUUCAACUCUUUAUCUGAUUGUCACACUGACUGAAUGUUUUGUUUAUUUAUGAACAUGUGAGUUUUCACAGAUUUCAAAUACUGUUAUGAGCUCAUGGUUGUUGAACACAAGACGUAUAUGUUAAGUAAAAAGUAUAUCUGUUGAAACCAUUAUUUUCAAAUAUUGCUAUACUUUAAAUAAACAAUAACUGCUGUUGAAUUUAACAGAAAA